ACAUCCUCUGCGGUGGAUAUGAGAUGAGGAAACCUUGGAGGAAAGGCGCUCGCAGUAAAAGCUCUACCGUGAUAGUGUCUGAACUUCCACAAAUCAUCAGCGCGAUGGACAACCCCUUGGACUCACAGCUAUUUUCUUACUUCAUCACCCACGCGGCUCAAACAUUGAACAUAUACUCCGAGACCAACAACCCAUUCGACGGGUUUGUGAUAGAUAUGGCGAUUGGGAACACUGGUCUUAUGCACUCGCUCCUUUGCCUCUCCGCCUCCUGCCUUCUCGCUCAUCAGCCAAGUUCGGCGCAGGAAAUUGUUGUCCGCCACAGCCACCACUUCGACCGUGCUGUCGUCACGCUCAGAAAAGGCGUCGAAGCCUACAGCUCAGACAACUCCACACAAAACGCAGACUGCAUCAUGCUGCAGACGAUACUGCUCGCUCUGGAGGCGAUUGUCACAGGAGAAAUACAUGGCAGCUAUCGAUGUCACCUGUUAGCCGCACAAAGACUUGUGGACAGUUGUGGAGAUUUGAGCUCAGACGUGCAGAGUUUCGCCCGACAGUUCCUACAGUACCACAACCUCGCCAACACAAUCUCCUGCCUCGACCCCGUCAAUGUCGUGAAGUCGUCUAUGCAAGGAUGUCAGACUGAAACAGCGGAGCAGGGCACUUUCUCGGGAAGUUGCGUCGACGGAAUAUUGCAUGGCCUUCUAGACCCGAUGUCACGCACUCGGCAGGUCCGAGAUGCCAUAAGAUAUCAUCGGGGCAUAGGUAAUUCGAGGUGGUUCAUGGAUGAGCAGCUCCUCAGCUUGGCGCUGGGUGUUGAAACACAGCUACGGACAUGGCAGUCUCGCCUUCAGCCCAAUACUCCACAAUACUGGUCCUCGCUGACAUAUCGGCAAAGCGCCUAUGUAUACCUCUACCGCACCAUCAAGCCAUCCAAAGCGAGUGCGGAAUUGACUCAAGUCGUGUCGGAAGGGUUGUCGUAUAUAUCGCUUGCACUGCGAGAUGUCACGAGGAGCAAUGGCAUGAAUGGCUGGGUUUGUGGUGUGUUGUUCCCACCACUGUUCUUGCUGGGCUGUGCAUGCUUCGAGGUAUCUCAGAGGCAAUUGGUGCUCGAGAGUUUGGAGGAUCUUCAUGCAUGUAAUCAGCGGACGAAUAUCGUGCACGCCAGAGCCAUCUUGGAAGAGGUCUGGUCCAGGAUGGAUGCCGCACAUGGUGCCGAUGAUGCCUGGGAUUGGGAAGCUGUGAUGAAGGAUAUGAGCGUGGAUAUUAUGUUGUCAUGAACUAACGAGAUCUCCAUCUCUUCUUGGCCAGGGAAUCGGUGCUCAGUGCUCGUGCUGUGCUCAUUGUGCUGCUGUUCACGGCUAAAGUCGUAGUGGAAGUCCCACUUCAUCCACUGUUAUCAGAUCCAGCAUUUCACCAGUUUCGAGAGGCGACCUUGAUGGCGGGAGGUUGGAAGACGGGACUAUUCACAUGCCCAUAGCGUGAACCCGCGGAUGCUUCCACAGAUUAGAGACUUAGUAACAGAAUCUCACCAACUCUCACCGUUGCAAGCACUCCUGCUUUCUAAGCAAUACAUCCACUCAACUGCUGACAUGCU